CUCACCUCAGACCUCAAUCCAUUGGGACCCGUUCCCAUUGAUCUGAUGUUAAGGGAUAUCAAGUUAUCAACAGCUGUCACUUGACCCAAAAAAGAUAUCUAAACACUGUCACAAGUUAAGUGAACUGCAAAAUUAGCAACCAUUUUUGUGCAAACUCUCUUCUUUUAAUUUUCUUCAUCAACUUUCUCUCUGCAACUCUCUUGGUUAUAGUACCCUUAUCGUCCAGAUGCAAAGCAGCUUGCAGUCAAAGAAGAAAAAGAUGAAGAAGAGUUCAAGGGAUAUGGAAAGCAAUCUUCCUGAACAUGACAACCGACCUUGCUUCUACAAGAUCAUCCAAGUUAAUCACAAAGCAAGCAAUAGCUUGAUAAUCCCACCACAUUUUGUUACUACUCAUCUACCAAAAAGAAUGCCCAGUGAAGCAGUUUUGAAGGGUCCUUCAGGCGAUUGUUGGAACAUUACUGUAUGCCAGCAGAAGGGAAACACGAUUAUGCAACAUGGUUGGCAGCAGUUUUACCAAGAUCACUCCUUGGGAGACAAUGAGUUCUUGCUUUUCAGGCACAAUGGCAACAUGUGUUUUGAUGUACAAAUUUUUUAUAAAAGUGGAUGCGAGAGGAAAAUUGUUUCAAUCACUCGGACACAUCGAGACUCGAUUGUAGAAAUUAAGGAAGAAGAAAUUGACUUUAGUAAGAUCGGGGAGACGGAACCACAAGUUCAAACCAGUGGGAAAGGUAAGAGAAAAUCAACAGCUGAAAAAAAUUCACCCUCCUCUUCUAGGAAGCAGAGUCGACCUCCAGCAGCUAGAAAAAGUAAAGGAAAUCUUAGUAAAGCGGCAGAAGAUUUCACCUCCAAGUUCCCUCAUUUCAAGCACUGCUUGACGAGGGCCAAUGUGGAGAAACCUUUCCUACUGGCUAUCCCCUGUUCCUUUGUCAAGGCAAAUCUUCCUCAAGCAAGAAGAGAAUUCACCUUCAGCACUUCAAAACAGAAAUCUUGGAAGGUGACUUACAUAUACAGUGAGAUUAACAAGGUUUUCUCCAAAGGUUGGCGUGGAUUUGCCAUUGAUAACAAGCUGAAGAUGGGUGACAGUUGUGUUUUCGAACUUGUGGCACCUCAAAAAAUGAGAGUCCAUAUUUUUCCACACUGA